UUGUCCAAGAAAUUUCGUUUUGCAAAAUAUUAAUUAAAUUGUUAAAUAUUCUUCUUAAUGCUUGAAUAAUAAUUAAUGUGAUCACAAAAAUAAUGGCGCAUCUCCAAUAUAUGCCUGGCGAUCCGCGUUUGGUCGACCAACUUGUCUACGAACUAAAAUCCAAGGGUAUCUUUGAUCAGUUCCGGAAGGACUGCAUAUCGGACGUGGACACGAAGCCUGCAUACCAGAACCUGCGUCAGAGAGUGGAGAACUCAGUGUCCACGUUCCUCGCCCGUCAGUGCUGGCAACCGGACUUGAACAAGAACCAGCUGAGAGAGAAGCUGAGAAAACAUAUACUGGAUGGCAACUACUUGGAGCAGGGUGUAGAGAGGAUAGUGGACCAAGUAGUCAAUCCUAAAAUAGCAUCAGUAUUCAUACCACAAGUUGAAGAUUUGGUGUACAAUUAUCUGGGAAUAUCCAGGAAGAAAACACCCGAAACUUCAAACGGACUCAAGGUUGAGGAUCUCCUCCCUAAUGACUUAGAAGCUGUUAGUCCAGGCUCGGUCAACAAUGACGAUAAAGAGGAACCAAUGGAAGUUGACAAAGUGGAAGAAAGCAAUGAACAAAAUGAUGAAGAAAAACUUAAGGUUGAACCAAAGGAAGAGGUAGCAGAGAACGAUAAAGAGAAGAGUGAAGAUUCCCCAACCAGCGAAAUGACUGGGCAAGAUUCAAAUACAAUUGAUAAAGAAAAUAUUCCGUUUCCUCAGGAAAUUGUCGUCGAAAAUAUACCGCCGCCAGAGAACAGCCCGCCUAAAGUUGAAAUUGAAAAGAUAGAGCUACCAAAGGAAACAUCCGAGAAUAUUCCACUACCAGAUGAAAUGUCAGUUGACAUCCCACUGCCCGAUGAAAUCAAAGAAAAAGAAAAGGAGGAUUUCUUUAAACCCAUAAACACAGAUGAUGACGACUCGAGUUCGGAUUCAUCGCUACGUAGAAACAUGUCGCCUUUGACGCCAAUAAGAAAUUACAACAACGAAAAUUCUUAUGACGCCCAACAAGCGUUUGAAAACGAUUCUACGGACGUUAAAAACGAUGAUGAUGAUAAGAAAGAACCGAGUUCGUUUAGGUUUACGAUCGAAGCGAAAUUGUCUGAGAGCAGUGACGAAGCUGUCAAAGUAGAGAAAAAAGACACCGAAAAUCUUUCCUAUCAGUUCAGUAAUCAAGUCAACAUAAAUAAUUUUAAUACUCCACUUUAUGAUGACAGCUCUAAUAGCCACAUGCUGCAAAUUGAUUAUGAGAGUGACGCAAACAGCAAGGUAAAUGUGGAGGCUAAAACAGAACCCGAACUCAAUUCCGAAGAUUCUAAAAAAGAAAAGAAACCGGAGGAAAAGAAAAGUAGUCACAAAAGCUCCCAUCGCUCGCGUGAUUCUCAUAAACACUCCAGUAGCAGCAGAGACAAGAAAUCUGAGUCCAAGCAAUCCAGUUCUAGGGACAGUAGUCGUCACGACAAAUCGAAAUCAUCGAAGGAUGAUAAGUCUAAGUCGAGCGAAAAAGAUAGGUCCAAGGAGAAAGAUAGGAGCGACAAAAAAGAUAGUAAAGAUAGCAAAGAUUCUUCUAGACACAGAAGCUCUCACAAGUCGAGCCACAGAGAUUCAAAGUCACACAGGAGUAACUCCAGUCACAGGCAUUCCAGUAAACACGACGACAGAAAGUCCUCCAGUUCUUCUAGCCAACGAGACAAAGAUAAAUCAUCAGACAAGGAUAGAAACUCGAAAGAUAAAUCCAAAGAUUCCCGUUCGAGUUCACAUAGGUCUGAUAAAGAUAAAAAAUCGAGUAGCAGCAGUAAAAACAAAACUGAUGACAAAGACAAAGACAAGAAAAGUAAGAAAGAAACUGACGACCAUUACAGUUUGUCCGGCCGGGGGAAUCCAAAUAGAAGAUCCACAGACAGAGAUUCGAACGACGGGAGCACGUCCUCCAAAGGUUCAAACAAUCCCGCGAGUUCAAAAUCUUCGCAAACCAAAGCAGACAGUAAAAGAAGUUCCAAACUAGACACCACGUCUACGAGUGGCGAUUCUACGAGUCCCAGUGACAAAGAAAACAUUGCCUAUGAAAUUGGCACCCAAGCCAGAGAUUUACUCAAAUUUAGACCCAUCGUAAGGAUCGAUAAAAAUCUAGAAACGCCAGUGUCCUCACCUCCCCGCCUGCCUUUUGUCCCAGAAGUGAUUCUCAAAAAGCCAAAAAUCGCAGCAAAUUUCGAGGAAGCCAAAAAAAUAAUGAAAAUGAGGAGAUUUCUCGAAGAAGAGCAGAGAAGGAUGAAUCAGGAGGCAGCGCUGCUUUUGGAAUUCCAAGCUAAUGUGAGACCAAGCUUGAGCCAAGUUUAUUCGAGUGUUCCCGGCCCUGAACUAGAAUUUGCCUGCGUCAACAAUAUCGCCCGAAUGCAAGACAGUACUGAUAUACAAAAUGCAGUAGAAAAUGUUGAAAGUGAAAGCAUACAAAACGAAAAUAUACAAGAGAGUAUACCAAGUACAGAGUCUGGACAAGACAUUAAAGUUGAAGAAAAUACUAAUGAAGAGAAAAAUCUUAAAGAGGAGGAAAAAGUUGAAGCCGUUGUAGACAACAAAACUGCAAUUGAUGAAACGAAAGUUGAAACGACUAACGAUACUAAGAAAAUACACACGGAAUUCUUCGAAGUGACUAUUAUAACAGAAGAGGUGUCGGAGAAUGAGGAUAUACAAAAUAACGAAGAUAUAGAAGAACAUAAAAAUAAAGAUGCUAAACCGAAUGUAAAAUGUGACGUUAAAGCUAAAGAAGAAUUGAAAUACUUCGGUGAACAUGAAAAAUAUGACGCUGAGCUAGAGAGGGCGAAAUUUUGUGCAUUCUUCAAAAAUGUAGUACAAAAAGAAGCAAGCAAAAAAAUGUAUUUGAUAAACUGUGAUACAUAUUCAGAAAAUGUAUUCCGUGAGGCUUCUAAAGAUUUCGGAGAGUAUGAAAUAGUCAACUAUCACAGAAACGGACAUUUGAAACUUAAUAAACCCAAAACUAUUAAGAACUUAAAUACUGAAGUAACAUUACCUGUAGAGAACUUAGACGAAGGAAUGAAAUCGCCCUUAGACGUAUUCAGUCCUCAAAAAUCGGAAUGCUCGUUCGAACUAUCGAGUGAUUAUAACGAAAAGUUAGAAGAAAUGGUUAAUAAGACAUCUAGACAAGAAAUAAUGGAAAUUAUACUCGGUAGUACUACAGAUGUACCACAAAUUGAUUAUUGCACUGAAUCUAAUAUUGAAGUUAUGGAGGAGAGGAAGAGGAAGUGUGAUGAUUAUUCGAGUAUAAAUAAUAACAUGUGUGUGCUGAAAAUUAGGAAGUUGAGCACCGAACACAUAACAUCUACUACAAAAGAAUCACCGUCAGAGAGCUCGGUGUUAAACACGCGGUCCAAGUACCUCGGCCGCCCCGCCAGAGUCGGCCUGCCCAAACCUAGGCGAACCAAUAUACAAAACAGUCCAUCAAGUGACAAAUCAGUAGAGAACUACGAACAGAACACCCCGGUCAACGGAAAACUCAAGAGACAGAAGGUACAGCGAUAUGACACUUCAGAUCUCUACAAACCCAAACUGCACUACCUCAAGAGAAAUAAUAUAACAUAGACGUUA